ACCAUAAUAAUAACAUUAAUUUUCUCUGUCUAUCCAAAAAGAAAAUAAAGACAUUAACAUAACCAAAACCAAAUUAAAAAGAAGAGUUGAUAAACAACUCUUAUUUUGAAUCAUUGUUAUAUAAGGAAAGCUGAAGAAGAAGAAAAAAAACAUAAAUGAAGCUUGUUGUUCUUCUCAUGCUUCUCAUGGUGCUUCUUCUUAUUCUUAUUUUGAGUUUCAUAUGUUUAUGGAUUUACUACAACAACUAUUCAUCAAAAUCCAAAAGGAAAAAUAAUGUUCAAAACUCAGAUGCAGAAAAGGGGUGUGUUCCAAUAAUUGAUUACAAGCAAAUAGAAAAAUCGACCGACAAUUUUCAGGAAAGUAACAUCUUGGGUGUAGGUGGUUUUGGAUGUGUUUACAAGGCACAAUUUGAUGAUAAUUUGGAUGUUGCUGUCAAGAAACUACACUGCCAAACACAAAAUGCUGAGACAGAAUUUGAGAAUGAGGUGGAUUUAUUGAGUAAAAUUCAGCAUCCAAAUAUAAUUUCUUUGCUCGGUUGUAGCAUUAAUGGAGACAUGAGAUUUAUUGUGUAUGAGUUAAUGCAAAAUGGAUCCUUGGAAGCUCUAUUACAUGGACCAUCUCAUGGCUCAGGAUUGACUUGGCAUAUGAGAAUGAAGAUUGCUCUUGACACAGCAAGAGGAUUAGAAUAUCUACAUGAGCAUUGUUACCCUCGAGUGAUUCAUAGAGAUAUGAAAUCUUCAAAUAUUCUUUUAGAUGCAAACUUCAAUGCCAAGCUCUCUGAUUUUGGUCUGUCCAUAAUUGAUGGGUCCCAAAAGAAGAACAUCAAGGUUUCAGGAACAUUGGGAUACGUAGCCCCAGAAUAUCUUUUAGAUGAUAAAUUGACUGAUAAAAGUGAUGUGUAUGCCUAUGGGGUUGUACUCCUGGAGCUCCUGUUUGGAAGGAAACCUGUAGAAAAACUGGCACCAGCUCAGUGUCAAUCCCUUGUCACAUGGGCCAUGCCUCAGCUCACAGACAGGUCCAAACUUCCAAACAUUGUGGAUCCAGUCAUAAAGAAUACAAUGGAUCUCAAGCACUUAUACCAGGUUGCUGCGGUAGCUGUGCUAUGUGUGCAACCAGAGCCAAGUUACCGGCCACUAAUCACAGAUGUUCUUCACUCCCUCGUCCCUCUUGUUCCAGUUGAGCUUGGAGGAACACUUAGAGUGACACAAUAUUCAACCGAUCCAUCUAAGAGUUUGAGCCAGAGAUAGUAGUCCACUUGAUACAUGAAAAGUGAGAAUCAAGUAUAUGAUAAUGUGAUCAUGAAUAACAUGAUGCUGCCACGCCAGUUAGUAUUACCAAAGACAUGAUUACCUCGCUGCUUCUAUAUUGUAGGACAAUCACUACCCAAUGGUUAUGCCCUACACUCUUCAAUUCUGAAAGAUGUUUGGCUUGAUUUAAACGAAGGUCGAGAAGAUGAGAAGAGGGUUGAAUUGUUGAUAACAAAUGUAAAGGAUAAAUAAUUAAAUUUCACACUGUAAUUUCGACUGUUUUGGGGGUCCGUCAAAGAAGAUAACAGGGUUUGGAUUGUUGAUAAAAAAUGUAAAGAAUGAAUGAUUAAACUUCAUACAAUGUAAUUCAAUUCGACUGUUGUUCAGUAAGCAGAGACUAAUAAAACCCCUGUUGAAAUACCCGUUGCAA